CGGAGCCCGGCCGAGAUCGCCGAGCAGGCCAAGCACGAGGCCGAGGUGGAGCACCGCGUGGCCGAGAUGAAGCGCGAGGGUUUCUGGUCGCUGCGGCGCCUGCCCAAGGUGCCCGAGCCGGCGCGGCCCAAGGUGCACUGGGACUACCUGUGCGAGGAGAUGCAGUGGCUGGCCGCCGACUUCGCCCAGGAGAGGCGCUGGAAGAGGGGCGUGGCCAGGAAGGUGGUGCGGAUGGUGAUGCGGCACCACGAGGAGCAGCGGCAGCGCCAGGAGCGCGCCAAGCGCGAGGAGCAGGCCAAGCUGCGCCGCGUGGCCGCCGCCAUCGCCCGCGAGGUGCGCCACUUCUGGAGCAGCGUCGAGAAGGUGGUGCAGUUCAAGCAGCAGUCGCGCCUGGAGGAGAAGCGCAAGAAGGCGCUGGACCUGCAGCUCGACUUCAUCGUGGGCCAGACCGAGCGCUACUCGCACCUGCUGAGCCGCAGCCUCAACGCGCCCCGCCCGCGCCCCGCCCUCACCUGCGCAGCCCCGGCCGAGAGCCCCCCCCGGCCCCUCGGGGACCUCCUGGGCUCCCUCCCCCCACAGGUGCUGCGGCGGGGCCGGGACCCUCCCCCGCCCUGGGGGCCGCGCGAGGAGGACGAAGAGUUCGAGGCUGAGGAGGAGGAGGGUGAGGAUGAGGAGGAGACGAUCGCGGCCCAGGAGCGCCUGGAGGGCGACGUCGAUCACCAGCAGGAGCUGGACGACCUGGCCAGGGAGGGUGCGCUGCCCAUGGAGGAGCUGCUGCAGCGUUACCGCGGCGCCUUCGCCGACUCCGACUGCGACUCCGCCCCCGGCGCCAGCAGCACCCGCUCAGACUCACCUGGCGGCGACAGCGAGGAGGACGAGGAGGAGGAGGACGACGAAGACGACGACGACGACGACGAGGCCGACGACGAGGACGAGGAGGAGGAGGGGGAGGGGCAGGAGGGCGGGGCGGGGCCGCCAGGUGAGCCCGGAGGGGGCUCGGCCCCGCCCGCACCUGCCCAGGUGAGCCCCGCCCCGGCCGCGCCCGCCGGCCCCGCCCCCAAGAAGGAGAUCAGCGACAUCGCGGCGGCCGCGGAGAGCCUCCAGCCCAAGGGCUACACGCUGGCCACCACGCAGGUGAAGACGCCGAUCCCUCACCUGCUGCGCGGCACGCUGCGCGAGUACCAGCACAUCGGGCUGGACUGGCUGGGGUUUGGGGUGAAGACGCCGAUCCCUCACCUGCUGCGCGGCACGCUGCGCGAGUACCAGCACAUCGGGCUGGACUGGCUGGUGACCAUGUACGAGAAGAAGCUGAACGGGAUCCUGGCCGACGAGAUGGGGCUGGGCAAGACCAUCCAGACCAUCUCCCUGCUGGCACACCUGGCCUGCGAGAAAGGUAGCUGGGGCCCUCACCUGAUCAUCGUGCCCACCUCGGUGAUGCUGAACUGGGAGAUGGAGCUCAAGCGUUGGUGCCCCAGCUUCAAAAUCCUCACCUACUACGGGGCGCAGAAGGAGCGGCGCCUCAAGAGACAGGGCUGGACGAAGCCCAACGCGUUCCACGUGUGCAUCACCUCCUACAAGCUGGUGCUGCAGGACCACCAGGCGUUCCGCAGGAAGAACUGGAAGUACCUGAUCCUGGACGAGGCGCAGAACAUCAAAAACUUCAAAUCCCAGCGCUGGCAGUCCCUGCUCAACUUCAACAGCCAGCGGCGGCUGCUGCUGACAGGUACGCCGCUGCAGAACUCGCUGAUGGAGCUCUGGUCCCUGAUGCAUUUCCUGAUGCCGAGCGUGUUCCAGUCCCACCGCGAGUUCCGCGAGUGGUUCCACAACCCCCUGACGGGCAUGAUCGAGGGCAGCCAGGAGUACAACGAGAGCCUCGUCAAGAGACUGCACAAGGUGCUGCGGCCGUUCCUGCUGCGCCGGCUCAAGGUGGACGUGGAGAAGCAGAUGCCCAAGAAGUACGAGCACGUGCUCAGGUGCCGCCUGUCCAAGCGCCAGAGGUUCCUCUACGACGACUUCAUGGGCCAGGCCAGCACCAAGGCCACGCUGGCCAGCGGUCACUUCAUGAGCGUCAUCAACGUGCUGAUGCAGCUGCGCAAGGUGUGCAACCACCCCGACCUGUUCGAGCCCCGCCCCGUCACCUCGCCGCUCGUCACACCUGGCCUGAGCCUGGGCGCGCCCGCGCUGGUGCUGCGCGCGCUGGAGCCACACCCCUUCCAGCAGGUGGACCUGUCGCCGUUCGAGCUGGUGGCGCUCGAGGCUCACCUGUCGCGCUACGCGGCCGAUUGGUUCCUGCCGCGCUUCCGCGUCACGCGGCGCCUCCUGGAGGACGUGGCCGCCGCCCCCGACCCCCCCCCGCGCCCCAAACCCGUCCGCAUGAAGGUCAACAGGAUGCUGCAGCCGGUGCCGAAGGCGGAGCCUCGGGCGGUGCUGCUGCUCCCCGCCCCCCGCCCCGCCCCCGGGGGCGUGGCCUCGCCAGCCCCCGCCCCCUCCGCGCCCAGCCCCGCCCUCUCCGCGCCGAGCCCCGCCCCCCUGCUGGUGGCCCCGCCUCUCGUCACCUUGGGCCACGCCCAGGCCCCGCCCCCCGGCGCCGGCCCCGCCCCCUUGGUGACGACGCAAGGGGCGGGGCUUAACCUGGGGCUGGGGUUGGCGCUGGCCCCGCCCCGGGCCACGCCCACGCUGCUGGCCCCGCCCCCCGGAGGACCCACACACGCUCUCCCAGCCGCCUCCUUGGCCACGCCCACCCCAGCGGGAGGCCCCGCCCCGUGGCCACGCCCACGCCGAACAUGGGCAAAGGGGCGGGGCCGGCCCCUGCCCCGCCCCUGGCCACCUUCGCGCUGCCCCAGCGGCUCCUGCUGGCCCCGGACAUGCAGGCCCGGCUGCCCUCGGGCGAAGUCGUCAGCCUCGGCCAGCUGACGUCAGCGCUGGCCCAGCACCCGCCCCGCCCACCCCGCGGGGGGCGGAGCCAAACCCGCCGGGCCCCUCCCACCGCCCGCCCUGGCCCCGCCCCCGGCGGCCUCGGCCACGCCCCCUCUGACGCUUGCAGCUCCAGGGCAGCAAAGUGACGCUGGGCCCCCGCCCCCCCGUUACGUCACCUGGCGCUGGCCCCGCCCCCCCGCGCGCGGCCUCGCCCGUCACGUGGUUCACCUGGUGGCCGCGGGGGGGCAGCACCUGCUGGCCCCGCCCACCCAGGUGGCCCUGCUGGCGCCCCUGGGAGCCCCCGCGGCGGGGGGGCGGGGCAGGGGGCGGGGCAGGGGGCGGGGCGGCGGCAGCCACGCCCACCCAGCCCCCCCCUGGCCUGGGGCUCCCCCUG